AUGGUGUAUUUGGCCUUGGAAAAGGAAAAUCGAGCAUUGUUACUUCAUGAUCAAGGAAUAAUCGCGAAAAAUGUUAAAGGCCAUUGCUUAAGCGGGCAAGGAGGUUUUCUUUUCCUAGGUGACGAUUUAUAUGAUUCUUCACGCAUAGCAUGGACACGAAUGUCACCCGACCACACCACUACUCUUCCCGGAUCAGCAGAGCUUCAUUUUGGCGGGAAAAUCACGGGAUUCAAGAACCUCAACAUAGUCUUCGACAACGGAAGCUCUUACACGUACUUUAAUUCUUGGAUAUACCACUCGCUUAUUACUUUUAUAAAUGAGGACUUAUUAAGUGGGAAGCCCGUGAAAGAAGCAACUGAGGACCGAACCCUCCCGUUAUGUUGGAAAGGCAAGAGACCUUUCAAGAGCACGCGUGACGUGAGGAAAUACUCGUUGAUCUUCCCUAGUGGCAACGCGUCUUUGGGAAUUCUAAAUGGUACCGAUGUGGGAUUGAACAGUUUCAACAUGAUUGGAGAAUGUAUUCGUGUACAAAUUCAGGAUAAUCCCACUUCCACUGGUGCAGAUAUAUCUAUGCAGGAUAAAUUGCUGGUCUAUGAUAACGAGAAACACCUAAUUGGUUGGACCCCUGCAAAUUGCAAUCAACUUUCGAGAUCUUCAACCUUAUAG